CAAAGACCCAUAGGCGGAAGUGGUGCGAGGGGUCUGGCGGUGUGAAGACCUUCCGGGGAGGUGGCGGCCGCGGUGGCCCGCGCAGGAGCAGGACAGGAGGCGGAGGAGGCUGAGCCAGCAAAGGAAAUACAGAACCUGACUGUGGAAACCAGCAAAGACAAGGUUGCAGGCCUUGAAUGUGGCAAAGCGAAAACAAUGGACCUCAAGUUCAACAACUCCAGGAAGUAUGUCUCCAUCACCGUGCCCUCCAAAACCCAGACAAUGUCACCACACAUCAAGUCAGUUGAUGACAUUGUGGUGCUGGGCAUGAACCUCAGCAAGUUUAACAAGCUCACACAGUUUUUCAUAUGUGUUGCUGGAGUUUUUGUGUUUUACCUAAUUUAUGGAUACUUACAGGAGUUGAUAUUUUCAAUGGAAGGCUUUAAGCCCUAUGGCUGGUACCUUACUUUAAUGCAGUUUGCAUUUUACUCCAUAUUUGGCCUAAUAGAACUUCAGCUCAUUCAGGACAAAAGGAGAAGAAUACCAGGAAAAACCUACAUGAUAAUAGCUUUUCUAACUGUGGGUACUAUGGGCUUAUCCAACACUUCCUUGGGCUACCUGAAUUACCCCACCCAAGUCAUCUUCAAGUGCUGCAAACUGAUCCCUGUUAUGCUAGGAGGAGUUUUUAUUCAAGGAAAGCGGUACAACCUUGCAGAUGUGUCUGCAGCAGUGUGCAUGAGCCUUGGCCUGAUCUGGUUUACCCUGGCUGACAGUACAGUUGCACCAAACUUCAACCUGACAGGUGUGAUGCUUAUCUCCCUGGCGCUGUGUGCAGAUGCUGUCAUUGGGAAUGUUCAGGAGAAAGCUAUGAAACUGCACAAUGCUUCCAACUCUGAGAUGGUUUUGUAUUCCUACUCCAUCGGUUUUGUGUACAUCUUGUUGGGACUGUCGUGCACUAGUGGGCUAGGCCCUGCAGUGGCAUUUUGUUCAAAGAACCCUGUUCGCACCUAUGGCUACGCCUUCCUCUUUUCCCUCACUGGAUACUUUGGGAUCUCCUUCGUUCUAGCCCUGAUUAAAAUCUUUGGUGCUCUGCUUGCUGUGACAGGAAAGCCUUUUGCUGUGGCCCCAGCAUGCCGUGACUGCUGAUGAACACUGACUGCAGCUGUACUUAGACAUGGAAUUGGAUCAGUGCCAGUUCUCUACGAAACCAUGAGCAGCAUGAACUUGGUUGGCUGUUGGGCGGUCGGUGUGUUGUCGCUGGCACCUUAGAGGUUCUGGCGUCUACAGAGCUAUAAAUACUUGUGGAAUAAAUGAUUUACAGAUAUAGCCAAGAUAGUAAGUUGCGUCUAAAUCUUUCCCCCACAGUGACAACAGGAAGAAAAGCAAUGACCAUAGUCCUUUCAUUUAUAUUCUUUGCCAAACCAUUCACAUUUCAGUAAGUACUUCUAAAUUCAACAAGUUUCUCAAAAUUUAGAUGCUCUAUUUCAUGUUUUGUCUUAAACAGCAGUAUUUUCUAACUUUUACUUUGUGUUAACUUACAUGUUAAUGUGUAUUAGCCUAUUGUCCUCUACAUAGAAUCCUCUUCAUCCUAAUCUCUUAUCUAUUAAAUGUUUUCUACUAUUUUAAGAAUCUUUAUAAUUUGUUACUUUGAAUGUCAUUUUGUAUAUUUAAAUUGCCCAGCUAAAGCCCAGUGGAAAAGUGGUCUUGUUGCAGUGUGUCUGUGUGAGAAAGGAAUAUAUGAGACAAAAUAACUGAUUGUGAGGUAAGUGUACAUGCCGUUGUGACUGGCUAUUAGUGGAGUGUGUGCCAGUGUGACUGGCUGUUAGUGGAGUGUGUGUGCCAGUGUGACUGGCUGUUAGUGGAGUGUGUGCCAGUGUGACUGGCUGUUAGUGGAGUGUGUGCCAGUGUGACUGGCUGUUAGUGGAGUGUGUGCCAGUGUGACUGGCUGUUAGUGGAGUGUGUUCCAGUGUGACUGGCUGUUAGUGGAGUGUGUGCCAGUGUGACUGGCUGUUAGUGGAGUGUGUGCCAGUGUGACUGGCUAUUAGUGGAGUGUGUGCCAGUGUGACUGGCUGUUAGUGGAGUGUGUGCCAGUGUGACUGGCUGUUAGUGGAGUGUGUGCCAGUGUGACUGGCUGUUAGUGGAGUGUGUGCCAGUGUGACUGGCUGUUAGUGGAGUGUGUGUGCCAGUGUGACUGGCUGUCAGUGGAGUGUGUGUGCCAGUGUGACUGGCUGUGAGUGGAGUGUGUGACAUUGUGACUGGCUGUUAGUGGAGUGUGUGUGCCAGUGUGACUGGCUGUGAGUGGAGUGUGUGUGCCAGUGUGACUGGCUGUGAGUGGAGUGUGUGUGCCAGUGUGACUGGCUGUUAGUGGAGUGUGUGCCAGUGUGACUGGCUGUUAGUGGAGUGUGUACCAGUGUGACUGGCUGUUAGUGGAGUGUGUGCCAGUGUGACUGGCUGUGAGUGGAGUGUGUGUGCCAGUGUGACUGGCUGUUAGUGGAGUGUGUGCCAGUGUGACUGGCUGUUAGUGGAGUGUGUGCCAGUGUGACUGGCUGUUAGUGGAGUGUGUUCCGGUGUGACUGGCUGUGAGUGGAGUGUGUGCCAGUGUGACUGGCUGUUAGUGGAGUGUGUAACAUUGUGACUGGCUGUUAGUGGAGUGUGUGCCAGUGUGACUGGCUGUUAGUGGAGUGUGUGUGCCAGUGUGACUGGCUGUUAGUGGAGUGUGUACCAGUGUGACUAGCUGUUAGUGGAGUGUGUGCCAGUGUGACUGGCUGUUAGUGGAGUGUGUGUGCCAGUGUGACUGGCUGUUAGUGGAGUGUGUGCCAGUGUGACUGGCUGUUAGUGGAGUGUGUGCCAGUGUGACAGACUGAGAGUGGAGUGUGUGUACCAGUGUAACUUUCUAUUAGUGCAUGUUUCUGAUGGGAGUGAGUACAAGUUGUGUGCAUGUGUUAAGUAAAGGCUUUUUCUUUCUCACAUAUAAAUAUAUAAAUUAUAUGUUUGAAAUUCAUUCUUGUAAAACCUUUAUUUAUGGACUCUUUCCACAGCAAUAAACAAUAGAAAGUGUUCUGUAGAUUAGAUCCUAAUGAUUUAGAUUGUGGCUUUUUGAGAAGGUGUUGGUCAGUGUUUUUGCUAUCUAUUAUGUGUGUGAAAGCAGUUUGUUUAAACAUUAUGGGACAGUAAUUAGGAUUUCAAACCUAGUUUACAAAUACAUAAUUUUAAAUAAAAUUUUAAAUUUCCAUCCAUGUGUUACAGGUCAUUUGUGUCCAUAGGUUACUUUUCUUUAUGCAUGUGAUAAUAUAUUAUAGCAGUUAAAUUAUAAUGAUCUCCUGCUUCGUGCAGAAUGUGUCCCUGAUUAUCAUCUGUGUUCUACUUACUGGGACAACCAGGUGGAGUGCUGGGUUGAAUGUAUAAUGUUGCCUUUCGUAAAUAGGAAUCUGGCAUUUUAAGUAUAAUCUUAAGUCUCUUCCUAAGGGUUAGACUUUGAAUGUUCUGGUAGCCCUGAAGUUUAAAUUACUCUCACUUUGUGUAACUUUCUUCUGUAUAUAUUCAGCAUAAAUUUUUUGAGACUUUAUACGUGUGGACAAUGUGUUUUGAUCAAAUGCAUCUCCUAGCCCCCUCCCCAUUUCUAUCCCAACUUCAUGUACUCCCUUCUGUUAACCACUGAGUCUACUUGGUGCUGCUAGUGUGUACAUGGGUAUAGGGCCAUCCAUGGAGGAGCAUAAGCAUCCUACCUGGGACUGUAUCCCUGAAGAAAACGGACACUCCCUCCCUCAGCAUCCUUCAGUGGCCAAUACCUUAGCUAGGUGGGGCUUUUGACUGCUUAUGUUUUUUGUCAAGUGGGCACAAUCUGGAGUCAGCUUAAAAGAGGAAAUUUAAAUUGAGAAAUGCCUCCAUCAGAUUGGUCCGUAGGCAAGCCUGUGGGGCGUUUUCUUGACUAAUGGUUGAUGUGUGAGGGCCCAGCUCACUGGGCAAUGCCAUCCCUGGACAAAUGGUCCUGGGUGUAAGAGAAAGCAAACUGCAAGCCAGGAGGAGCAAGCAGGUAAGCAGUGUUCCUCGAUGCUCUCUGCUUCAGUCCUGCCUUGAGUGUUCCUGCCGUGGCUUCCCUCUGUGGAAUGGGACUCAGGAUGUGUAAGCCAAAGAAAACCGUUCUACCUCAAGUUGCUUUUGAUACGGUCUUUACCAUAGCAAUGAAAAGCAAACCGGAACAGGCUUUGUGAGCCCCUCCUCUCCAUUCAACGUAUGAUUCUAGUGCUGUUAUUUUAGACCUCUAAUAGCAAGGUUUGCUUGCUUGCUUGGUUGGGGUUUUUUUGUUUUGUUUUGUUUUUUGUUUUUUUUUUUUUGUCGUUGUUGUUUUUCCCCGAGACAGGGCUUAUCUAUGUAGCCCUGGAUGUCCUGGAACUCCCUCUGUAGAGCAGGCUUACCUUGAACUCAGAGAUCCACCUUCCUCUGUCUCCCAAGUGCUGGGAUUAAAGGCCUGCACCACCACUGCCCAGCUGACAGCAAGUUUUUAUUUGGUUGAAGUUAUUGUGGACUGACUACCACCACGUCAUAAUUAAUAGUGAAGUUUUAACCUGUGAAUUUUAAUAUCCACUUUUUCAUUUCUUUCUUUUAGGUAUGUAUGGUCUGGCUUGCUAGUUGUCCUUGGCAUAUUUCUCAAUGUUUACAGCAAAAAUAUGGAUAAAGUAAGAUUGCCAUCAGUGUACAAUCUGAUGAACAAAGCCAUG